UUUUCUUCUCCCCCAACCUCUUCUCCCUCCUCUGAAUUCCUCGCACCUAUCUCUCUCUCUCUCUCUCUCGCGCGCGCGCGCGUGUAUAUACCAAAAAACAUACUUCUGAAGCUGCGAUCUCAGAAGAAAGGAUCCGCCUUUGACUUCUUUUUUGGUGAUUUGGGUACUUCCUGCGGGGAUUCGAGUGCUUUCUUGGAGAAAUUUGAGUUUCUGGAGAGGGUUUCUGUUUUCGCUUGAGAGAUUUGUGCGGAGGGAUUCACCUUGAUCCAUUUUCUUGGAGAGUUGGUGUUCUUAGCGUGAAAGAAUCGAACUUUGGCUUUUCCUUGGGUGGCUUCUUAUGCUUUGUUGAAGAAAUCGCUUCGUUUCUUUAGGGAGGAUUGGUGGUUGAAUGUUUGUUCAGUUUGAGUAGUUGGAAGUGUGGCAGGAGGCACCUUCAAUUGGGGUGGUUUUGGUGGUUUUCUGAAGAAUUGAGUGCCAAAUUUGUCACCUGCGCUUCUUGUUUUCUUGGGAGGGUUUGGUGGAAGAGCUUCCUUCAAUCCAGUUCCACCUUUAGAUGGAUUUAGUUAGUUGAGAGGCAUCUUCAGUUUGUCCUUGGUAAAAAGGCAUAAACUUUUGAGUUCUGUGAUCCUUUCCUGGGAGGAUUUGGGGUGGAAGGAGCCAUCUUUUGGUGCUACUUUCUGGUGGUUUGAUCUAGGGCUGUCUAGGUGGUUGAGAUGAAAGGAGCACUGUGCUAAUUUUUGUUCAGGAAAGAGUCCAAUUUAGUACUUCUCUGGGGAAAUUUUGGCACUACUGUAGUUCUGUGCUUUCCUUUGGAGAACCGUGGUCUGUUCCUCCAAGAAUUUGGGUGAAAAAGGAGCUAGUUUCAGAAUUUUCUUUGUACAGACAGUGCUCAAUUCCACCUCGCAGAUCCAAAGUGACCGAUGGCGCAACCUGAAAUUCCUCCAUUUGGGGACUGGGAAAUCACUGGCAACACCCCUUACACACAAAAGUUCGAGGAUGCACGGAAGAACAAGAAAAUAGGAAUUCCUUCCAACCCAAAUGAUCCAAGGCAGCAUCCCGAACCUCCUCGCAAGUCGCCUUUGCAUCCAUCGGCGUACAAAGCUGAUCCUCAAAACCAAGGCCCAAGGAAUCCACCGCAUCGAACAAGACCUGAAACUGAUCCACAUCGAUACACCGAACACCCUACUCACCGUGAGCUUGCACCAAGAAGGCAUGCAAAUCCUCAGAAGGAGCAAGGGGGGAAUGCCAGUGCACCGAGAAGCCCUUACAGAGCAGCUGCUGGGUCUGCUUCGCCAAUGCAGGCAAACAACCAAUCAAGGUCGAAGCACAGGUCGACGGGAAUGCAGACUCCAGAAAGGAGGACAUCGUUGGAGGGGCAUGGACAGCAUACUCCUGGAAGGAGCAGGAUGAAGCAGAGCGGCCGAGGCUACGAACCUGAAGAGGAAGUGGCUGUACCGCCCUUUGGUGACUGGGAUGAGGCAAAUGCAGCAUCCGGCGAGAAGUAUACUGGUAUCUUCAACAGGGUGAGGAAUGAUAAGUUAUCACCUAACACUUCUGCCAGGCUACCAUCAACUGCUACCGGUGGCCAGGAAAAUAAGGUGAAACAGACGUGUCCUUGCUGCAUACUUUGAGAAAAUGAAGAUAGGAUCUAAAGAUUCAUGGAGAAUCCGAUGCUACUCAUGGAUCAGAUCACUAUUCUUGUGAAGAUUUUUGUUCACCGAACUCGUUUGUCAUGUGCUACUCUUGUUUGUUGUUGGUGUGAGUAUGUAUUUGUAAUUGAAUUGUUGUCUCGUUUAAGUUCUUUGCUUAUUUGGAACAUACAUAGGAUGCCAUUCAGAUCUGUAAAGUAUGGAGUGCGAAUUCCCUUGCUGAUAAUAGAAGGUCUCUCGAAAAGUA